UCCAUUCUCCAAUCUCUAUCUCUCCACCUUGUCCGCGUUCAUACCAACUCCCAUUUCCUUUGACCCUGUCCACACCCCUCUUCAGUUUCCUCUCUGUCGUCUGUACCCUUCUCUCUCUCUCUUGCACUUCCUCUCUACAAUGUUGAUGCUAGUGAAUUGUUCAAACUGUAGGACACCAUUACAGCUCCCACCAGGGGCCAAGUCAAUCAUAUGCGCCGUGUGUCACGCCAUCACUCACAUCACCGACCCUCGCAGCGGCCCACCGCCACCACCUCCGCCGUACUCCACCUCCAACUACCAUUACGCUCCGCCGCCACCCCCGCCGGUGUUGUCGGCUCCGUCGCCUUACAACCACGCGCCUCAGGGUCAACCUCCGGCGGCCCACGGCCAUAAGAGAGCUGUGAUUUGCGGGAUAUCGUAUAAAAACUCGAGGUACGAGCUGAAAGGAUGCAUCAAUGACGCCAAGUGUAUGAAGUUCUUGCUGGUCAACCGAUUCAAGUUCCCUGAGUCCUCCAUUCUCAUGCUCACUGAAGAAGAAACCGAUCCAUAUAGGCGUCCAACAAAACAUAACAUCAGGAUGGCAAUGCAUUGGCUUGUACAAGGUUGUCAGCCAGGAGAUUCCCUAGUUUUCCAUUAUUCUGGCCAUGGUUCACAACAAAGAAAUUACACUGGAGAUGAGGUAGAUGGAUUUGAUGAGACACUUUGUCCACUAGAUUUUGAAGCACAAGGAAUGAUUGUGGACGAUGAGAUCAAUGCGACUAUUGUCAGACCUCUUGCUCGUGAGGUUAAGCUUCAUGCUAUUAUAGAUGCUUGCCACAGUGGCACUAUGUUGGAUUUACCAUAUCUUUGUAGGAUGGACAGGUUAGUCUUUGUCAGUUUGCUCUUUAUGCUAACAACCCCAAACAAUUUUACAGACCACUUACAUAAAUUGUACCUCUCCUCAAGUGUUUCGACUUUAUCAGGAGAUUUGAGUUCCUUUUUCUUUCAUUCCCCAACUCUUUUCCUCUAAAAAUUAUUGCCAGUCAAUAUGAAUGCGUUUUAACAGGAGUGGUCGCUAUGUAUGGGAGGACCAUCGUCCUCCAUCUGGCGUCUGGAAAGGAACAAAUGGUGGGGAAGUCAUUUCCUUCAGUGGCUGUGAUGAUGAUCAAACCUCUGCUGAUACAUCUGUUCUGUCAAAAAUCACAUCAACUGGUGCAAUGACCUUUUCUUUCAUCCAAGCAAUUGAACGUGGGCAUGGAACUACAUAUGGGAAUAUUCUAAGUGCAAUGCGUUCUACUAUCCGUAAUACAGACAAAAGUGAUUUAGGGGGUGGUGUUGUGACAUCGCUUCUCACUAUGCUUUUGACUGGAGGGAGUCUUAGUAGUGGGAUGAGACAGGAACCACAACUGACUGCAACUGAAGCGUUUGAUGUGUAUACAAAGCCUUUCUCCCUAUAACAUAGCAAAGCAUGAUCUCCGUCUGCUGGCCUACAACUUCAUUGUGUGCAAAGAUUGGAUAUGUACAGUUCGAGAAAAGGACAUUUGAUUGAUCAAUAUUAUUGUUUCAAAUUUGAGUUGGUAUCAUAACGUUUGACGAUAACCUUAUUGAUGGAUUCUUCUAAUAAUACUUUUUAGCAUUAGCAAUAUCUAUAUAUCUGCAUUUUGUUGUAGAGCACAGUGAAUAAAUGGUCUUCAACA